AUGUUUCGAUGGUUAAUUAUCUAUACAACGUUCUACUUGAUUUUAUUCUUAUCCGUUGAUGCUGCAAAAAAACGAGCGUAUAGCACCGGAAUAGCUGAUCUUGUGCGAACAGCAUUUCGACAGAGUUUCAGUCGAUUCGUUUCUCGACAAACGUCGUAUGACUCAGAUGUAUUUCGUUAUACUCAAUUAUCUCAACGAGGAGUCGGAGGAUUGUUUGUGAAUCCUGUCGUUUAUCAGCAACAAUUUGCUCGCAUGAUGAACAAUGUUGUUCUGGUCGUUGUAUAUGUCGUCGAUGGGCAAUCAUGGGAGAAGAACGUUGUGUUCGAAAAUGUUUUUAAAUUCAUUUCAUCAGUUGUAACAACGAAAAUUCCCUGUUCGUGA